UUCGAAUCAAACAACUAGUUCCAGCUAUAACAGCCACAUUUUAUCCGGAGCCUACAGAGCUCACAUCAGUCGAGGUUUUUUUUUACUUAAUAUUAUACCAGGUGGAACAGUGCGCCAAAGUGAACCUUUGUUGAGUAAAGUAACACCGUACACGAUAAAAAGUGAUACCGCGAAGGUUAGCUACUAAGACAUUGACCCGGCUGUCUACUACGCGCGAAAAAAUAACUGCAAGCAGCUGUGGUUGGUAGAAGAUGGACUUGAUUACCGGUUCGAGCGGUAGCCAAGAAACAAAAAAGAUAUAAUUCAGUCGUACUGUACAUUUUUCAUCAUUCGGACGUUGGUUUCAGGAUACGGAGUGUUCCCUAACGUUGGACAGCCUUGUCCAGCCGCAAAGUCUUGAUAGGUGAAGUGUGUUUAGUGAAGUGCUUCUAAGAAGUGAGACUCAGCAGUUGUUACGUGCAACAGGUGUUGCGAACGGAAAUUUAACCAUCAGUACAUCAGUAUCGAAAGAUACUGAAGUCCAUCAACGUUGUUACGCAAAAUCAGACCGCUUAUUUGCGUUAUCCGCAAAAUGUCCAAUUCCAGCACAUUGAGUGAUACAGAACGCAGCACUACGAACCGCGAAAUCUAUUGCCAUGGCAAUUUGCUACAUACGGUACAAAUGAUGGGCAUUUACCCGGACUCGAAAACUUUCGUCGACAUGAAAAUGCGCAAGUCGCCCAAUGCGACACUAGAAUCGUUUAAGAACUUCAUGGAUCAGACCCGAGAAGACCCAAGUAAACAGGAGGUGAAAGAAUGGGUGGAAGAAAUGUUCGAUAAGCCCGGUGCUGAGUUUGAACACUGGAUUCCGGUUGACUGGAAAGAGAGCCCAAGUUUCCUUCAGGGGAUCAAGGAUGAAGAGUUGCGCGAAUUUGCCAGUAAUCUUAACAAAGUUUGGCUUGAGUUGGGUCGUAAAAUGAUCGAUGAUGUUGAGAUCAACUCCGAACAGUAUUCCAUUAUUCCCGUUAAACAUCCCAUGAUUGUUCCCGGAGGGCGCUUCAGAGAAUUCUACUACUGGGAUUCGUACUGGAUUGUUAAAGGCCUGUUGUUGUCAGAAAUGUACAAUACGACACGCGGCAUGUUGGAGAACUUCUUAUACAUCAUUCAGCGCUACGGUUUUAUUCCAAACGGUGGGCGAAUUUACUACAGUAUGCGUUCCCAACCGCCUCUGUUGUGCGGUAUGAUUAAGGCCUACGUCGAUGCCACCAAUGAUACCAAGUUUGCAGAAGAUGCCGUUGAAACGUUGGAACGCGAGUUCGAGUUCUUCAUGAACAACUACAUUGUAGAGGUGGACGGAAACCACCUAGCCGCCUACGGGUACAAAUCUUUUGGCCCACGACCAGAGUCUUACCGGGAGGAUAUACUCAGUGCUGAAGUGUUCGACAAGGAUGAGGACAAGCAGGAUUUCUAUUGUGAGCUUAAAGCGGCUGCUGAAAGUGGAAUGGACUUUACCAGUCGGUGGUUUAUCAAGGACGGGACGAAUGCUGGCAAUCUGACGGACCUCAAAUGCCGUUCAAUUAUCGCUGUAGAAUUGAAUGCUAUUCUCUACUGGAACGCAAAAAUCAUCGCUGAAUUUUACAAACUGAAAAAUAACCUCCAAAAAACAACUAUGUACGAAGCGAAAGCGGAUGAACUUAAAAAAGCCAUACAGGCAGUUCUGUGGAACGAUGAGGAGGGCAUCUGGCUAGAUUAUGAUCUGAUCAACAAGAAACAUCGAGACUACUUUGUUCCUACCAAUUUAUCACCGCUGUGGACGGGAUGUUACGACAAAGAGGAUACUAGCUUACCGAAAAAAGUUCUUGCCUAUAUUGAACGGCUAAAGUUAGAUCAGUUCCCGGGAGGUGUCCCAAAUACGCUGUCCAACACUAAUGAACAGUGGGACUUUCCAAAUGUAUGGCCACCGAUGCAACACAUGUUGGUUAUGGGCUUGGAUGGGCUGGACAGUCAGGAAACAAAAGAUCUAGCCUUCAAGUGGGCUCAGCGGUGGGUACGAGGUAAUUACAUUGCCUACAACGAAACACAUGCCAUGUUUGAAAAGUACAAUGCAGAGGUACUCGGCGGUCAUGGCGGUGGCGGUGAAUACGAGGUUCAAACCGGAUUCGGCUGGUCCAACGGAGCCGUUAUGGAUUUGAUGCACAAGUAUGGUGACCGGCUAACGACAGAACCUUCUCAUGCGUCCAACGCUUCGUCAGUUCAUUUGAUGGAAAUGUAUAUACGUUUUAUAGUAAGUUCUAAACUGUUUAAAUUUCCUACUGAACAACAGAUGACAGUAAAAACAACGCGGGUGCCCUGGUGUCGUAUUCGAUCAAAACAGGUAUCUUGGCAACAAUCGUAGCCUUCUUCGUCGGCAUAGUCGGGUAAGGAAACCUCUCACUUAACUAAUUUUAAGUGACAGUCGUUGAAAUCAGAAGACUAGUAUCAUACAAACGAAUGUCAACGUAGCCUCGCAAUGAUCAAACUAAAGCGUGAUUUUUAAAACCGACUGCAAAAGCAUGAUAUUGUGUGAUUGAAACCGAAACCGACGAACUACAUUCCAAAUAAAAAAAUGCAUUUAUUCGUA